UUUGUGUUGUUCUAUUGGUCAUGGUCAUAAAAGUCAGUCAACUGUCAAAAAGAACGGUGCUAAAAAUCAUAAAUUAGUGAUUUAUUGCGAAACGUAUUGUUUUUUGUGAAAAGUGAGCACAAAAACAGUUACACUCUUAUCACAAUUGUGCAAUAAAGCCCCCAGAAGUGUAAAAAUAUGGAUGUUGAGACUGAAGGAACAGAUGCUAAAGAACCAUCUUCGCCAGCUUUGAGCAACUGCUCGCGUUCCCGUUCGAGAUCCGUGGAAAAAAAUGUAUCAAAUGGCGUCUCGUCUCCAGCUCAUUCCACAGGAUCUGGAUCCCGUAAAUCCGCAUCCAGGUCGCGAUCCAGAUCACGUUCCCCGCAAAUGAACGGAGACACUUCUCGUAACUCCAAAUCCAGGUCCAGAAGCGGCUCUCCAGCUGGACGCCAAUCCAGAUCAAGAUCCAGGUCUGGCAGCGCACGCUCUGGCUCCAGAUCCCCCUCAGGAUCACCGAGGCGAUCACGAUCACGAUCCGCGAGUCAAGGAUCACGCAAAGCAGCUUCACGAUCAAAAUCCCGCUCCAGAUCCAGAUCAGGAACCCCCGCACAACGUAAUUCCAGAUCUAGAUCGCCCUCAGGCUCCAGAAAAGGGUCGCGUUCGAGGUCACGCUCGGGUUCGGCCAAAUCGGUUGGCUCUCGAAAAUCACGCUCACGUUCAGGUUCCGCAAAAUCGGUGCAUUCUCGAAAAUCGCGCUCACGUUCAGGUUCUGCGAAGUCAGCUGGUUCUAGAAGGUCGCGCUCUAGGUCAGGUUCUGCCAAGUCCGUGGGUUCCGCCAAAUCCGGUGGUUCCAGAAGGUCGCGCUCUAGAUCUGGUUCCGCCAAAUCCGGUGGUUCCAGAAGGUCGCGCUCUAGAUCUGGCUCCGCGAAAUCUGGCGGUUCCAGAAGGUCGCGCUCUAGAUCUGGUUCCGCGAAAUCUGGCGGUUCCAGAAGGUCGCGUUCAAGGUCGGGAUCCGCCAAAUCCGCGGGCUCCAGAAAGUCGCGUUCAAGAUCAGGUUCUGCGCGAUCUAACAAGUCAGGAUCACGAUCACGUUCAAGAUCCAGGUCCAGGUCGGGUUCGAGAUCCGGGUCCGCGAGAUCACGGUCUGGUUCUAGAAGAUCGAGGUCCGGAUCGGCACGCUCUAGAUCCGGUUCCAGAUCACGGUCUAGGUCUGGAUCCAGGCGUUCGAGGUCUGGCUCCAGAUCGCGGUCGCGUUCUGCGUCUGGAUCGCGCAAAUCGCGUUCGAGGUCAAGGUCCAGAUCCGGAUCCGCGAAAUCACGGUCAAGGUCGCGUUCCGGUUCGUAUUCCGGAAACGAGGGAGGAGUUGGUCGGAAACGACGUUUGGUUUCCGACUCGGAGGACGAAGGUGAAGGGCCACCGAAGGCCAAAAGGGCGGUAGUUAGUGAUGAUGAGGGUGGGGAACCUUCAGAAGAGAAAAAGAUCGGGGGGGAACCAGAAGAAGCUGGAAAUGAAGUGGUUCCGGAUGUGUCUGAAGAUUCCGAUGAUGAGGACAGACCCACACACGAAUCAAAUGACGGCUUAUCCGACUUUGAGGUAAUGUUACAACGGAAGCGAGAAGAGCAGUCUAAGAAACGGAAACGGAAAGACAUAGACAUCAUUAACGACAACGACGACAUAAUCGCACAAUUAUUAGCCGACAUGAGAAAUGCAGCUGAAGACGACCGAAGACUGAACCAACUAAGCCAACCCGCCACUAAAAAAAUCGCCAUGUUAAGCAAGGUCAUGUCGCAGCUAAAGAAACACGACUUGCAAUUGGCUUUCAUCGAACAUAACGUCCUCAGCGUGUUGACUGACUGGUUGGCCCCAAUGCCCGACCGUUCGCUACCCUCGCUGCAAGUACGAGAGGCAAUACUAAAACUCCUAGCAGACUUCCCGAAAGUCGAUCAGUCCACUCGCAAACACUCCGGAAUCGGCAAAGCCGUCAUGUAUCUCUAUAAGCACCCGAAGGAGACGAAAGAGAACAAGGAGCGAGCCGGCAAGUUAAUCAGCGAGUGGGUGCGACCCAUUUUCAAUCUUUCGGCCGACUUUAAAGCAAUGACUCGUGAGGAGCGCCUUCAGAGAGACCUGGAGCAGAUUCCGAAGCGUGGGCGGAACGAGCAACAGUCGUCCUCCGAGCGGAAGGAGUUGACGAAAGCGUUGAAUUCGGAGGGAAAGCCUCUGAGGCCGGGAGAAAAGGGGUGGGUUGCACGGGCCAGAGUUCCUAUGCCUUCCAAUAAAGAUUAUCUCGUGCGGCCUAAGUGGACAUCGGAGGUGGACAUCAGUAGGUCGUCGAAGAAACAAAUGAAUAGGUUUGAGAAGCAUUACAAGAACUUCCUGGACGGCAAACGAUUGAAACAACCAAGAAGAGCAGUAGAAAUAUCGAUUGAAGGGCGAAAUAUGGCGUUGUAAAGGUUUAUAGCCAAGCGAUUACUUAAUUGUGUUUGAAUUAAGUACAGUUUUAAGUUAUUUGAUACCCGUCUUAUGUGAUGAAGUUUUAGUUCUAUUAUGUUAGGUAAAUGAUUCUACUUAUCUCUUUCUUUUUACACAUACGAUUUAAACGAAGUUUGCUUGUGUUCCCGAUUGAGAUUCUUUAUAAUGUUAUUGAACCGCUUUUAUCUGUAUGAAGUAUUAAAUAAAUUUUUAUAGAGAAACAA